AAAUGGAUUCUAAACGCACCGUUUAAAAAGAAAAAAGGAAAAAAAGAAAAGGGAAAAGAAAGAAGGCAAAAUGCUACUAGGUAAUUUGAAUUGAAAUGGGCUUUUCUUUUAAAUAAUGGAUUUCCUCCUUUGAAUGAGGGGGAAAACGGAAGCGCAGCGGAUUUCCCUCCUUAUUUUUCGGUGUUUCCCCGUUUCUCUCAACCUCAAAACCAGACAUAAACACAACGUAGGAGGCGAAUCGGCGGCCUGACUCUGAUCUCCUCUCUCCUCGCCUGCUCUUCUGCUUUUGGAGCUUUGAAGAAGUACGGUCUAUGGAAUCUUCCGCUUGUCCUUUUUGUCAUCUCACAUUUCCCUCCUUAGAACUCCAACGGCACGCCAACAGUCACUUCGAGGAUGAAGACGAGGAAGCUAAAGACCUGAAAUUGGCUAAUCAAAUCGCCUCUUCUUCAGGCUCUGUUGACGUGGAUAGCGUUUCCCCCUUGAUUGCUUCACAAACAAGGAGCAACUUUUACCAUGUAAAAGAUGGGUUGAUAUCCUUGCUGAAAAACUGUUUAGAACUAGAAACCCAACACAACUCAUCAGUAACCAUAUUGUCUGGCUACGUUGAUCACUUCCAAUGCCUUCCGUCCGUGGAUGUUGGUUGGGGUUGUGGCUGGCGUAACAUCCAAAUGCUAAGCUCUCAUUUGCUUGCUCACAGGCAGGAAGCUAGACAAGUACUGUUUGGUGGGUCGGGUUUUGUUCCUGAUAUUGCUUUCCUCCAACGUUGGCUUGAGAUUGCUUGGGAAAGGGGAUUUGAUCCACCUGGUGCCCAACAUUUUAAGUGCAAAAUCUAUGGUUCCAAUCAUAAGAUUGGGACUACUGAAUGUGCUGCACUUUUCCGUUCAUUUGGCCUUCGUGCUAGGGUGGUUGACUUUGGUCCCAAAGAAUCUCAGCCCUUUUAUCUUUCUGUUCCUGGUUCUACUCUUGGACAAACAGUGAUGAAAAGGAGCAUAAUUCAAGUUUCUGGACCGAUGGAUAGAUAUGUUCAUCACCAGCAGGGUUCAAUGAAGCCAAGACACUCUUUUGACUCUUUGGGCUAUGGGAGGAGUGGUAAUUUUAAAGGGAAAAGUGGGGGACCUCAGAUUCUGGUUGAUUGGGUGUGGAAUUACUUUUCAGAUAAAGGGUUAACCAUAUCUGGCUCCAACCGUGUUGUAGUCAGUGAUAGAGCGCCUUUGUACUUCCAACAUGACGGACAUUCACGAACAAUUGUUGGGAUUCAAGUUAAACAUCAGCAGAAUGGGAUGCAUCAGUUCAAUCUCUUGAUUAUGGACCCUUCUGAUGGAACUAUUGCUUUGGAAAGAUCACUAAAAAAGAAUGUGGGGUGGCAGAAGCUUAUUAAAAGAGGAGUCCACACCCUGAAGAUGCCUCAAUACCAGUUGUGCUAUAUUGAUCCUGGAAUUGCGAGUCGGGUGGAGCUGCAACAGCUCAAAACAAUAAAUAGCAUCUUCAUUGAAUUGUAGAGGAAUAUUGUGAACUUCCGAGUCCUUAGCUUGAAAAGCCUAUUGUCAGCCUUAAUUUGCCUAUGUCUGGACAACAAGCCACCAUUACUAGUCAAACUUAUUGAUUCCAAAGCUCUAUGGCUGUUUUAGACUUCACAUUAAGCUCCUUGACUGCUUCCACCUGAAAGUUGGCAGCUCUUCUCCUGACAACUGUAUCUUCACCAUCGUGUAAAGCACAUGGAAUGUCUGGUAUGUCAGGCACGCAACUGGAAGUUGGUAGCUCCUCUCUUGACAACUGUAUCUUCACCAUCGUGUAAAGCACAUGGAAUGUCUGGUAUGUCAGGCACGCAACUGGAAGUUGGUAGCUCCUCUCUUGACAACUGUAUAGUCAUAUCAUCUGGCGAAGUGCCUGCAACUCCUGUAAGUUACGGUGCACAAUCAAAAUCAGUCUUCGAACUCUUAAUAGUUCCAAUGCUUAUCUUGCUGAAUUUGAGGGAGUGUUUAAGUGCCGUGCCCCUAUGCUGCUGGCAUUCCAUGUGUACAUCAAACCUUCUGACAUCAAAUCAAAUUGCUUAAUGUUCUGUUCGUUGGAACUAUAGAUUCUUUGCAGAAGGGCAGACAUAGAGGACCUUCUUGUUCGGCUAGGCCCGGCAAGUGCCACCUUUUAUCUCGGUUUCAGUUUGUAAUCUGAAGCUGUGGAGAACACUUAAUUUCUUUUCGUAUUGAUCUUGGAAACUACUUACACAUGGCAAACAGAGAAAUAAAACUACCAAGUCAAGAAGUGGGGAUGAAAGUGAGAGAAAGAAAACAUCAAUUGUGUGAUUGAAAUUUGGGACACGGGAUUUUUUUUUUUUAGCUUCUAAGUCUCCUUAAACUGACAGCCACUUAGACAUUUGAGUAGGUUGUAGUCACUAGAAUGUGGUUUUUAGAAAUAUAUUGUAAAGUUGUUGAA